GGACGAGAAGGAAAGCUUUCACUUUUCUGUUUCUAUCUGUGUUGAGAAUCCAUGGAAGCAAAUGCAGGAAUGGUUGCUGGUUCGCACAAACGGAACGAGUUUGUGAUGAUUCGACACGAAGGAGAAGUUGGGCCCAAGCCCCUGAAGCAUUUGAAUGGGCAAGUGUGUCAGAUCUGUGGAGAUACUGUUGGGCUUACUGCUAGCGGCGAUGUCUUUGUUGCUUGCAAUGAGUGUGGUUUCCCUGUGUGUAGGCCUUGUUAUGAGUAUGAACGGAAAGAUGGGAACCAGUCUUGUCCCCAGUGCAAGACUAGGUACAAGAGACACAAAGGGAGUCCUCGAGUUGAGGGUGAUGAUGAAGAGGAUGAUGUUGAUGAUCUGGAGAAUGAGUUCAAUUACACCCAUGGAAAGCGUCAGUGGCAGGGAGAUGAUGUUGAGCUUUCUUCAUCUUCAAGACAUGAGUCCCAACAUCCAAUUCCGCUUCUCACUAAUGGGCUUCUGGUCUCUGGAGAAAUGCCUAAUGCUACACCUGACAACCAAUCUGUCCGAACUACGUCAGGUCCUCUGUGUUCUGGUGAGAAGCGUGGCCACUCGCUUUCUUAUGUUGAUCCAAGUCAACCAGUUCCUGUGAGGAUUGUUGAUCCUUCAAAGGAUUUGAAUUCUUAUGGGCUUGGGAAUGUUGACUGGAAGGAAAGGGUGGAAGGUUGGAAACUUAAACAGGAAAAGAAUAUGAUGCAAAUGACCAGCAGAUACACUGAAGGAAAGGGAGACAUGGAAGGCACUGGUUCAAAUGGUGAAGAUCUCCAAAUGGUUGAUGAUGCUCGUCAACCAAUGAGUCGUGUGGUGCCAAUUUCUUCUUCUCAUCUCACCCCUUAUCGCAUUGUGAUUAUACUACGGCUUAUUAUCCUGGGUUUCUUCUUGCAAUACCGUGUGACGCACCCUGUACCUGAUGCUUAUCCAUUAUGGCUAACAUCAGUUAUCUGUGAGAUUUGGUUUGCCUUGUCUUGGCUUCUGGAUCAGUUUCCGAAAUGGUAUCCUGUCAACCGUGAAACAUACCUUGACAGGCUUGCUCUCAGAUAUGACCGGGAAGGAGAGCCAUCACAGCUUGCUCCAAUAGAUGUCUUUGUCAGUACGGUGGACCCUCUCAAAGAGCCACCUCUUGUAACUGCCAAUACUGUGUUGUCCAUACUUGCAGUGGAUUACCCAGUUGACAAGGUCUCAUGCUAUGUAUCUGAUGAUGGUUCCGCCAUGUUGACUUUUGAAUCUCUGUCUGAGACUGCAGAGUUUGCAAGGAAAUGGGUGCCCUUCUGUAAGAAGCAUAGUAUUGAGCCUCGGGCCCCUGAAUUCUAUUUUGCCCAGAAGAUUGAUUACUUGAAGGACAAGAUACAACCAUCUUUUGUGAAAGAGCGCAGGGCAAUGAAGAGGGAGUAUGAAGAAUUUAAGGUGCGAAUCAAUGCGUUAGUUGCCAAAGCUCAGAAAAUGCCUGAAGAGGGUUGGACAAUGCAGGAUGGUACUCCUUGGCCAGGCAAUAAUCCUAGGGAUCACCCAGGCAUGAUCCAGGUGUUCUUAGGCCAUAGUGGAGGGCUUGAUACUGAUGGAAAUGAACUGCCUCGACUUGUUUAUGUUUCCCGUGAGAAAAGACCAGGUUUCCAACAUCACAAAAAAGCUGGUGCUAUGAAUGCUUUGAUCAGAGUAUCAGCUGUCCUGACCAAUGGCGCCUACCUUUUGAAUGUUGAUUGUGAUCACUACUUCAAUAACAGCAAAGCUCUUCGUGAAGCUAUGUGCUUCAUGAUGGAUCCUGCCCUGGGGAGGAAAACUUGCUAUGUUCAGUUCCCCCAGCGUUUUGAUGGGAUUGAUCUGCACGAUCGAUAUGCUAAUCGCAACAUUGUCUUCUUUGAUAUCAAUUUGAAGGGGUUGGAUGGCAUCCAGGGUCCGGUCUAUGUGGGGACAGGAUGCUGUUUUAACAGGCAAGCUCUAUAUGGAUAUGAUCCUGUCUUAACGGAGGAAGACUUGGAACCCAACAUCAUAGUGAAGAGUUGCUGUGGUUCAAGAAAGAAGGGCAGGAGUGGGAAUAAAAAAUACAAUGAUAAGAAGCAACAAAUGAAUCGAACUGAGUCGCAAGUUCCUAUUUUCAACAUGGAAGACAUUGAAGAGGGUGUAGAAGGUUAUGAUGAUGAGAAGUCACUUCUCAUGUCUCAAAAGAGCUUAGAGAAGCGAUUUGGUCAGUCCCCGGUUUUUAUUGCAUCCACCUUCAUGGAACAGGGGGGCAUCCCUCCAUCAACCAAUCCCGCGACUUUGCUAAAAGAAGCAAUCCAUGUCAUUAGCUGUGGUUACGAGGACAAGUCUGAAUGGGGCAAAGAGAUUGGGUGGAUUUAUGGUUCUGUGACUGAGGAUAUCUUAACUGGAUUCAAGAUGCAUGCCCGAGGAUGGAUAUCAAUUUAUUGCAUGCCUCCCCGCCCAGCAUUUAAGGGGUCUGCACCAAUCAAUCUUUCUGAUCGUCUGAAUCAGGUUCUCCGAUGGGCAUUAGGAUCAAUUGAGAUUCUGCUGAGUAGGCAUUGUCCUAUAUGGUAUGGUUACAGUGGAAGACUGAAGCUGUUGGAGAGACUGGCCUACAUAAAUACCAUUGUUUACCCGCUCACUUCCAUUCCAUUGAUUGCCUAUUGUAUUCUUCCAGCAGUUUGCCUUCUCACGGGGAAAUUCAUCAUCCCAAAUAUAAGUAACCUUGCAAGCAUGUGGUUCAUCCUGCUUUUCAUUUCCAUUUUUUCAACUGGAAUUCUAGAGCUCAGGUGGAGUGGGGUUGGGAUUGAGGAUUGGUGGAGAAACGAACAGUUCUGGGUCAUUGGUGGUACAUCUGCUCAUCUCUUUGCCGUCUUCCAAGGGCUGUUGAAGGUGCUUGCUGGGAUUGAUACCAAUUUCACUGUCACAUCCAAGGCAUCUGAUGAAGAUGGGGAUUUCGCUGAACUGUAUGUGUUUAAGUGGACGUCACUUCUGAUACCGCCAACGACUCUCAUCAUCGUGAACUUAGUGGGCAUUGUGGCAGGUGUCUCUUUUGCAGUGAACAGCGGGUACCAGUCCUGGGGCCCUCUCUUUGGCAAGCUUUUCUUUGCCAUAUGGGUUAUUCUCCAUCUCUAUCCUUUCCUGAAGGGUUUGUUGGGUCGCCAAAACCGUACGCCAACGAUUGUCAUCGUCUGGUCCAUCCUUAUUGCUUCCAUCUUUUCGUUACUAUGGGUCCGUAUUGAUCCCUUCACCUCCUCCACUACGACAACUACUACAGCUAGUCAAUGUGGCAUCGAUUGCUAAUCCUUG